AUGACACCUUCGCCUUCCGAUGAGAAGAGCUAUGCUCCAAGCGGAUUCUCUGAGCAAUCACCCACAAGGUCAAACUCAUUUUCCGACAAAAAUAGCGCCCAUGAGGUGCGCAACGAGGUUGAGUGUCAGGAGCCCAAACUACCGUUUGGCAAAGGUCGAGCAAUCGCGCUGGUGGUGACCUUGACUGGAGCAGCAUUUCUAAAUAUUUUGUCUAUUCAAAGCACCAUUAUUAUUCUUCCGAGCAUUGGACGAGAUCUCGAUAUUCCAAGCAGUCGGUUGCAAUGGGUCGUCUCGUCAUAUUCGCUGACCUUUGGCUGCUUUCUUCUGCUCUGGGGCAGGAUAGCCGACAUUUAUGGAAAGCGAGUUAUCUUUAUUCUCGGGUCUCUUUGGGCAGCUAUUUUUGCGGCAGUAAAUCCCUUUGUCCCCAACGAAAUAGCAUUCAAUAUCUUUCGCGGUCUACAUGGUUUGGGAGCGGCUGCAAAUGUCCCUACUGCCAUUGGCAUUCUCGGUGUCACAUUUCCGCCUGGAAAAGCCAAGACGUACGCUUUCACAGCUUAUGCGGCUGGCGGGCCUCUCGGUAGCAUCUGCGGUAACUUUCUUUCAGGCAUUAUUUCGCAAUACGCCAACUGGAGAUGGGUGUUCGGAGUCUGCUCAAUUGCAACUGGCCUUGUGGCUAUUGCAGGAUAUAUGCUUAUCCCUAAAAACUCUAUACAAGCCCGUCCUGCUGGCAAGCGCGGCAAAGUCGACUGGAUCGGUGGCGCCCUUAUCACCAUUGGACUGAUUGCGCUCAUGUUUGCUCUUACAGAAGGAAAUGUCGUAGGCUGGACCACGCCAUGGAUUCCUGUUAUCCUGAUUGCCUCAUUCUUGAUUAUUGGCACUUUUGUCCUUUGGCAGAUUCGCUUGGAGCGCCAGCCAACUGGAAUUCCUCCGCUGGUACGCAUGUCCAUCUUCAAGAACCCUCGGUUUAGCGCUGCCAUGGUUAUCAUGAUGCUCUUUUUUGCGUCCUUCAACAACUUUUUGAUCUUUGCGACGAUUUAUUUCCAGGAUUACCAAGGCCUUUCUGCCCUCCAGACAAUGUUGCGCUUUAUCCCCACUGGCGUCGGCGGCAUUCUGGUCUCGUUUUGCAUUGCCUAUGUUAUCACCCGAGUACCGACAUUCUUUAUCAAUCUUGUUGGUAAUUGCUCCAUUGCAAUUUCUUGCUUAUUAUUUGCUGUCCCCAUCCCACCAUCCACAUCAUACUUUGCCUUUGGCUUCAUUGCUAUGUGCUUGUCUGUCAUCGGCGCCGAUACGACGUGGCCAUGCCUUACUCUCUUCACAUCUCAAGCCCUCCCGGCCGAAGACCAAGCAGUUGGCGGCGCUCUUAUCAAUGCCGCCAGUCAGUUUGGUCGUGCCAUUGGCCUGGCGGUUAGUACAGCAGUGAGCACAGCGGUUAUUGCUCAGCAUCGCAAUGUAAGCGUCUCCGACGCUGGCCCAAUUAUUGAAGGCGAUGAUGCUUCGUUGGCAGGAAUUCGGGCUGCCAAUUGGACCAACUUCGGGUUUGCUAUCCUUUCAAUUGCUGUCAUUGUAACAUUUUUCCGUAGCAUGGAAAUCAUCGGUAAGCCAGAGCCAGUAGCUUCAUCUCCCGGCGAGAGAGUGCUCAAGAGAGCCGAUUCAGGGAACGAGUCAGCGGCAUCUGUUUAA